AUGGAAAAUCGCAGGCUAAAGAACAGUUCCGGCGACAAGUUCUCAUUCCCAGCCAUGCCAAUGCAGGGCCAGGAUUCCGAGUUCGAGUUUGGUUGUGUCACACCGGGCUCACCAAACUCCCCGGCUGAUCAUUUGUUCUUCAAUGGCCGGCUCUUACCACAUGCCUUUCCACUGCAACCAGCCAACAGUACUAAGAGUACUAAUUACACGCGAUCGAUGAGCAGAACGAGCAGUGUUAGCAGCAAGGACUCAUUAAUGUCUUCGCGGAGCAAUAGUACUAGCAGCAGGAGUAGCAGUUGCAGUAGUGCAAGAACAAGCACAAGUGAGGCCUCUGAGAGAAAGUUAGUACCAUUGAGUCUGCAGCAGGCCAAAGCUGGAAUUAGCAGAACAUACCAAGCAAAUAAGCCUGCAGCUUUGGCUCCUCAGUAUGGUUCUUCUCAAAGGUGGCAAUUCAUUACACCAUCACCGGGUUUGAAUCGACAGGUCUCACGAAGCAAAAAACCUGGAAUUGUGUCGCAAGAAGAAUUGAGGGCAGUGAAGAAUGUUCAAGAAAAAAGUAAAACCAGAUCAGGCUCGGGGUUUGGCAGUAGAUUUUUCCGGUCAUUUGUGUCAGCUUGCAAAGAAUGUCAUGCAAUGAAGCCGUCCAGGAGAGAUGAUGUGCUGCAAGGGAAUAUAGUGUUGGAAUGA